GGAGGUGGAGGGGGGGCUGGAUUAGUCCAGAAUAGAGAACUGCUGCUCCGGCUGCAUGCACGCAGUAUACAGACCCAGCAGGCAUUAUGAGAAGUACUGGGAUUUGCUGGGUUGUCCUCACUGUAGGCCUGGUCUUCCUCGCACUAUGUUCUACCGGCCAGGCUAUAGAAUGCUACAAGUGCAAUACCUUUAGUUACUCACAAUGUGCAACUAAGGAAACCUGCUCCGCACCUAAUGACGCUUGUGCAAGGAUCACAGUUACAGACGGCACCAGCACAUAUAGCUGCAAGGUUUUCGACAAAUGCACUCAUGACUUGGUUAGCCAGGAAACCGGCCUUCAAAACUUUCAGUUAAAGUGUUGUCAAUCGAGCCUGUGUAACAGCAGCUUCAUGUCUCAUCCCAGCACUGUCCUGGUUCUCAGCCUGGCUGCGGUGCUGCUGCUGAUGAUGUCAUCAUGAUCUCACCACCGUAUCGCUUCGCUCAUCUCUUUAAAUGUCUCAGAUAACCAAACCGAGGCUUAAAUAUAAAUGGCAUAAAAUUUCCAGCUUUCUACCGAUGGCUAAUAUUUUAAAAAAAUGUGAUCUGAUUGGUUGCUAUGGGCGCUACCGCCAUAUUGUUUUUUUUUAGACUGCAAGGGUAUAUCUUUGAAAUAAAGGUUAGUGUCAGCAUUUACUUUUUGACAUAUUCACUUUACAAAUCGCCAAUACGACCUAUCUUCUCCCAACCCUAAGUCACAGCCCGUAUUAUACUGCAGAGCUGCAUCCCUAAUUCUGCAGGCUCCAGAGCUGAAAUCUCUGAGCAUUACUUAAUUCAAUGACAUUAGAUGGAGGGGCAAUUUCCCAGUGCGAUAGCAACAAUUAAUCUAACUCAAUGUGACUGUGACGCCUACGGCAGGCACCGGUAUGGUUCGCUGAGCCACGACCUAACCGAACUGUGAGCAGUCAAAAAAACAUGUGGCUGAAAGGCGUAGAAAAAGCUACAAAAAAUUAGGAAAUAAUUACUAACAACCAAUCAGAUCCUUGCUUUCCUUAAUUCAAGCGCCUUUCUAUUGCUUCGUUUUAUUAGGGUGUUAUUUUGGGCUUGACGUAUGUGUUUCAAUAUUAAGAAACUAUUCACUGCAAACUGGACCGCUAAAACAAAAAUAACAAUGCUUUAUUAUAUUAAAUAAAUACACAUAGAGCAUUGUUAUUUUUGUUUUUUAGCGGUUCUGUUUGCAGUAAAUGGUUAUUUUGGGCUUGGCAGAAUAAUAACCUAUCAAAGUAUUUGGUUGGAACUACGUGUUCAUUUUUUUUUUUUUAUUAAAAUGUUUAACUUUCUAGUAAUAUGGGCUUAGUGUCGACAUCCUUGUUGUCAUGAAACGAUAUUCAUAAAUAGUAGUAUGGGAGUAUUAGGCUUCAAAUAGGCAGCCAUUGAACCUGGACCCCCGCAGGUCAAGUGAACUGAUCUUAGAUCGCCGUUGAUCCCUGUCGUGAUGUACGUUUGGUUAAUUUAAAUGAAGAGGGAUUGGGGUUUGGGUCUUGCAGCUUUAGUACGCUUUUUGCCCCAUAUAUCUGUUUUAGAUUUUAGCAUUUUGUUACCCCUGUUCUCAACAUCACUGCAUCCUGGCAGGAUGUCUACAUACAGAACUUCCUGCUGGGUUUUCUAACCAACCUCAGCAUUCUCUGCUCUGUAAUGUCUUUUAGAGUUUGCUCUCCUGCCACACUGUUCCCUCUGCAGUAGUCACAAUCCCUUCACCUUCUCUGCCGACACCUCUGCCGACUAGCUGUUUGAAGAGACCGUGGUGCUCCACUAAUCGCUGUGGGGUCCUCCUAUGCUAGUGACGUCACAUGGCCUAGCCGCAGCAUAGCUGCUAUACCUGCGAGGCAGCCUCUUCAUACAACUGAUCGGCGGGGGUACCGGACAUCGGACCCCUCUGAUCUUAUACUGAAUACCUGUCCUAAGGAUAGGUCAGCAAUAUUAAACACCCAUAAAACCCCUUUAAAAAACCAAGAGUGGAGAACCCCUUUUAUCUAUCUAUGUCACAUGUUUCUAAAAGGCUUCUAUAAAUUGCUAAAAUUU